GGACGCCGCGGUGCCGUAAAGCGUCUGGAGGCGGCGCACUGAGAUGGCGACGAUUGGGCUCGGGGCCGGCGGAGGGGGAGCAGUUGGGGAGCGCGGGUCUCGCGUCUGAGCGUUGGCCGGGAACGGCGGCAAAAGGGACCGUUGUCCCUGUGGUGCCGCUGUGCUGGGACCCCCCCAGGCCUUAACCCUUCCUCUGCCUGCAGACCUCCGCCACUGCUUGCAGGACAACGUGGUCCCCGCGGCGGGGCCGCUCCAGCUCCUGCUCUCUCCCUCUCUUGCCCUCAGGGGAAGCACACGCAGGGGAAGGAGAUGUCGGAUAAAGGGAGCAGCAUGGAUGGAAAGACGGACAUCGCCAAUGGCAGCCUGUCCAGCAGCCCGGAGGAGAUGUCGGCCGAGGAGGGCAGAGAAAUUUCCUCCGGCAUCGAGGUGGAGGCGUCCGACCUCAGCCUGAGCCUCACGGGAGACGACGUGGGGCCCAACCGCACCAGCACCGAGAGCCGCGACACCGACACCGAGAGCUCAGGGGAGGAGAAGGACUCUGACAGCAUGGACGACACGGGGCACUACUCCAUCAACGAGGAGACGCGCACCCUCGACUGCUCACACUCGGAGGAGGAGGAGGAAGAGGACGAGGAGGAGGAGCAGCAGCGAUCCCACCGCCGCGCCCAGCGCAAACGUGCCAACCACGACCGAGACUCCUCGGACGACGAGCAGGCGCUGGAGGACUGGGUGUCCUCGGAGACCACGGCGCUGCCGCAGCCCCGCUGGCGGGCGAUCCGUGCGCUGCGGGACAGGGAGCUGGGCUGCAGCCCCCGCUUCGUCUACGAGGCCUGCGGGGCCCGGCUCUUCGUGCAGCGCUUCCGCCUGCAGCACGGCCUGGAGGGCCACACGGGCUGCGUCAACACGCUGCACUUCAACCAGCGCGGCACGUGGCUGGCCAGCGGCAGCGACGACCUCAAAGUGGUGGUGUGGGACUGGGUGCGGAGGCGGCCGGUGCUGGAGUUCGAGAGCGGCCACAAGAGCAACGUCUUCCAGGCCAAGUUCCUCCCCAACAGCGGUGACUCCACGCUGGCCAUGUGUGCUCGGGACGGGCAGGUGCGGGUGGCUGAGCUCUCGGCCACGCAGUGCUGCAGGAGCACCAAGCGCGUGGCACAGCACAAAGGAGCUUCGCACAAGCUGGCCCUAGAACCGGAUUCUCCAUGCACUUUCCUAUCAGCAGGUGAAGAUGCUGUAGUCUUCACCAUUGACCUGCGACAAGACCGACCUGCCUCGAAACUGGUGGUGACGAAGGAAAAGGAGAAGAAGGUGGGGCUGUACACCAUCUUCGUGAACCCAGCCAACACCUUCCAGUUUGCUGUGGGAGGCAGAGAUCAGUUUGUGAGGAUCUAUGACCAGCGGAAGAUCGACGAGAAUGAGAACAACGGCGUGUUGAAGAAGUUCUGCCCCCACCACCUGGUAAACAGCGAGUCCAAAGCAAACAUCACCUGCCUGGUGUACAGCCACGACGGCUCCGAGCUGCUGGCCAGUUACAACGAUGAGGACAUCUACCUGUUCAACUCCUCGCACAGCGACGGCGCCGAGUACAUCAAGAGAUACAAAGGGCACCGCAACAACGCCACCGUGAAAGGCGUCAACUUUUAUGGCCCCAAAAGUGAAUUUGUGGUGAGCGGCAGCGACUGCGGCCACAUCUUCCUGUGGGAGAAAUCCUCCUGCCAGAUCGUGCAGUUCAUGGAGGGCGAUAAGGGCGGCGUGGUGAACUGCCUGGAGCCACACCCCCACCUCCCGGUGUUGGCCACCAGCGGCCUGGACCACGACGUGAAGAUCUGGGCGCCCACAGCAGUGACCCCCACCGAGCUGACCGGCCUCAAAGAGGUGAUCAAGAAGAACAAGAUGGAGCGUGACGAGGACAGCCUGCACCACACCGACAUGUUCGACAGCCACAUGCUCUGGUUCCUCAUGCACCACCUGCGACAGAGGCGUCACCACCGGCAGCGCCGACGGGAGCCGGGUGCGCCGGACGCCGACUCGGAUGAAUCCCCCAGUUCAUCUGACAGCUCCGAUGAGGAGGAGGAGGGUCCGGACCGGGUGCAGUGUAUGCCCUCCUGAGCCCCCCCGCACCGCCUGCCCCCCCCCCCCCAAUUCCUCAGACCCCGGGGUGUGUGUGUGUGGGGGGGGGGUGCUCCAGUCUGCUCCCCUUUCUCUACUAACAACACUUUGAGCUUUUUAUUGACAUGUUAAGGACCCCCCCCCAGCUUUUCCUUCCUCAUCCUCGCAGCCCUACGGGUGGGGGCAGGGCUGUAACAUGGGGGGGGGAUGAUGCACUGUGCCCCCCCCGCACCCACAUGGUGAUGAGAGGGAGGUGGUUCUCAGUGUCCCCCCCACCCCAAAUCCCUGCAGUUUCACCAUCCCCAUUUCAUUGGGGGGGUUCAGGCUGCUGCCCCUGCUGUUCUUCAGGGCUUC